AGGGAGUUGUGUGCAACACUUCUCAUCCGUCACAGCUGGUGGAUUUAUCAAGAGUCCAUUUGGAUGCAGACAAAUAAAUGAGAUUUUAAAAAAGGCCAAAAGAACCAAACGGGCUCAACACCAGCUGUAGUCACAUGACCUGAUCAGCUGUUACACCUGAAGGAGCUUCCUUCCCCUCUAGAAGGAGACGCGUGGUUCUCCUGCUUCACAUAAUGAAGCCGUCGUCCUGCAUGAGGACCGCUGGUCGUUUGAGACGAGAGGACGAAUGUCGGAGUGAGAGAGGAUUAAAGAGAUUAACCCUGCAGGUCAAAGGUCAAAUGGCCUGAAGUUUGGAGGACACGUCUGAGGAGAGCUCUCUCUCGGAUUUCCCGGCAGCAGCGAUGCGAUUGGUCGGCGUGGCCGAGGGGCGGAGCCGCAGGGCGGCCGAGGAGGCCGAGAAGGAGCGGCCGGCGGCCCCCUCGCAUCGCUCCAACCACCAGUUUGCCAGCAUGAAGAACAAGUUCUACAAUGAGCACACACACCUGCCAAAUCAUAAACUCAGGAUGCCCAUGUGGGAGGUGGGCGGCAUCGUGUUCGUGGUCCUCGCCCUCGUCGCCUGCAUGACGUUCUGCAUCUACAAGAAGUGCUGCAACAAGACCAAGAAGCCCAAGAAGGUCCGCGAGAAGAAGGGAGGACGAGGGCGCAGGAAGAAGGAUAAGGAUGGAGAGGAAGGAGACGAGAAGUUGAAAGGGGGAGAGGAGGGAAAGGAAGACGAGGAGAAGGAGAGCUUUGGCAAACUGGAGUACUCGCUGGACUAUAACUUCAAUGACAACCAGCUGAUCGUCGGCAUCCUCCAGGCUCAGGACCUGGCGGCCAUGGACAUGGGCGGCACCUCGGACCCCUACGUCAAGGUCUACAUGCUGCCGGACAAGAAGAAGAAGUUCGAGACCAAAAUCCAGCGCAAGAACCUUUGUCCCGUCUUCAAUGAGACCUUCACCUUUAAGAUUCCCUACAGUGAGUUGGGCGGUCAGACGUUGGUGCUGCAGGUGUUCGACUUUGACCGUUUCGGUAAACACGACGUCAUCGGCGAGAUCAAGAUCCCCAUGAAGAGCAUCGACCUCGCCCAGCCGAUACAGGAGUGGAAGGAUCUGGUUGGAGGAGUGAAAGAGGAGCAAGAGAAGCUCGGUGACGUCUGCAUCUCGCUCCGUUACGUCCCCACGGCGGGGAAACUGACCAUCAACAUCAUGGAGGCCAAGAACCUGAAGAAGAUGGAUGUGGGAGGACUGUCAGACCCCUUUGUGAAGGUGGUGCUGCAGCACAACGGGAAGCGGCUGAAGAAGAAGAAGACCACGAUCAAGCAGAACACGCUGAACCCGUACUUCAACGAGAGCUUCAGCUUCGAGAUCCCCUUCUCCCAGAUCCAGAAAGUCCAGGUGGUGUUCACGGUGUACGACUACGACAAGCUGGGCAGCAACGACACCAUCGGCAAGUGCUGGAUGGGCUACGGCGCCUCGGGCGUCGGGCUGCGCCACUGGUCCGACAUGCUGGCCAACCCCCGGCGCCCGGUGGCCCAGUGGCACGUCCUGCAGACGGAGGAGGACGUGGACGCUGCGCUGAAGGCCCCCGUCCGCUGAACACACACACACACACACACACACGUGUAUAUACUCCAUCAUCUGCUCACGAGGGGUUAACCUUUCUAGUGUUUGAUGACAUCACCUCUCACCACAAUCGUAAUCUUAAAUGUGCUUCACUUUCUUUCUUUUUUUCUUUUGGGAAAUUUCCUCCGGGGUUCUCUUUAAAUAACUAAAUGUGUGCUUUUUAUUUAUUUAUUUAUUUAUUAUAUUUUGAAUACAUGCACACUGACACAUGAUGGCUACUUGAAACAUUGACUUAUAGUUAAAAAUACUCAACUAUUAAUAUAUCAAAAGGUUCUCCAGCAAUCUAGUUGUUUUCCAUGGCAUAAAGUCGGGAGACUCACGAGAGACAGAUACCAAAAACAAGAGAAGUCCAAAUGGAGGGAGGACGUCUUGGGUACACUACACCUCCCACAAUGCAACUUGAUUGUCUUUAUCCUUUAGACUCAGUGUCCCUCGUUCAUAUCACAAGAACACAUGAUGUGUAAACAUGAUGGAGCUCCCCUUUGAUAAUAAUGAUGAUUAUUAUGAUGAUUCACUAUCUUUAGUUAUCUGAGCGACAUCGGCUGUAACCAACGGCUGUCUCUAGGUUUUACUUCUUCUUUCAGUUCCCUCUUCCUCUUGUCUUCCUCUUGUCUUCCUCUUGUGUUCUUCUUGUUUUCCUUGAUGGAUUUCUUAUCUUCCAAAACAUCUGAACUUUAUUGUUUUCCCGUGUAACAUAUUCUACUUAUAGUCACGUGUUUCUACUGAUGGUCCGUCUCUCUGUCUGUGCUGCGUUUGAAUGAGUGGAGAUCCUGUGUGUGUCUGUGUGUGUGUGUGUGUAUGUUUGUGUGUGUGUGUUUGUGUGUGUGUGUCUGUGUGUAUGUGCUUGUGUGUCUGUGUGUGUGUGUUUGUGUGUAUGUGUGUGUGUGUGUUUGUGUCUGUGUCUCUGUCUGUCUGUGUGUGUCUGGUUGUCUCUCUGGUUGUGUGUGUGUGUGUGUGUGUGUGUGUAUCUGUGUGUGUGUUGCUUAUCAUAAAAACACAAAUGGAAUACUUUUUUUCGACUCACAAUGUGAUUGUAAACAAAUCGCUGGACCAAUAAAGCUUUCCCACGCUGACACUGGGAUGAAGUCACGUGACGACGUGACUCCCUCUGAUGUAAAAGAAAUUAUAAACCGUGGGGUCCAAAUGAUGACUGUUUUUUGUGAACUCCCUGACCCAUUAUAUCAAAAACAUAAAAUAUAACUAGAAACUA